CCCGUAGCCUUCUCUGGGGUCGUCUUCGGGCAUCACCAUCACAGCCACACCUCGUCCAGCAGUGGUAGCAGUCACGGAGGCAGCCAUAGCAGCCUGGUAGCAGGUCACAGCCAUAGCCUCCACGCGCCGCAGCCCCAGACACCGCUGCCGCCGACUCACGCGUCGUCGUCAGGAACCGUGACGCCCGCCACGGCCGUGGUCCAUCCACACGCACAUACGCACGCACACGCCGGUAGCCACCACCAUCAGCUGACGCAUGUGGCUCAACAAUAUCCUGCGCUCCUACAUCAGACGCCUCAUGGCUUGGCCGCUUAAACAUAUUGGACGCCCCAGAGAAAAUUAGUCGAGACGCCUCAGAGAAGAAGAGAGAACGAAAGAGAGAGAGAGAGAAAGAUAGGUAGAGAGAGGCAGAGAAAGAGUCGAGGCGAUUCCACGAAACCGUCGAUCAAUAUCCACGUCCACAGAAACGACGAAAAAUCCUCAUGGACUCUAUCGAGCAGCCGUUUAAAGACUGCCUCCACUUGUAAGGAAAGAUAAAGUUCGCGCGUAGUAUAUUAUUAUUAAUUAUUAAUUAUUAAUUAUUAUUAUUAUGAUUCUUAUUCAACAUCAAGCGAAAACUUCGCUAUUGUAUAAAAGAGGCGCGUGUGGGGCUGCUAUUUUAUGCAGCCCGAAGACUCUUUCCGAGUAUCGGUAAUCAGGUGUCGGUAUUGUACGAAUAAUAUAUGUCAUCAUACGACACCAAGCAAUCUGUCCAAUUCGUAAUUCGGUAGUAUUUUCUCCACUUAUACAUACAUACGUAUAUACAUACAUAUAUAUGUUUGCAAAUAGAUAUAUGUAUAUGCACACAUAUACGUGUAUGUAUGUAUAUGUAUGGAUGUAUAUAUAAAGUAAAGAGUAAUUAAUGUCACUUAGUGUGUCCCUGCUCCUCCCGUUGCCCCAGUUUCCCCUUUCUCACUCCAAUUGCAUCGUGUCGUUACUUCGUCUUAUACUAUCGAGCCCAGAUUGCAUAUUGGAAAUUGAAACGUAUUAUACACUGGACUGAUCCCAUCAGACGUCAUUGAUUUUGCAGGUAGGACUGGAUGGUCCUUUGAGAAUAGAGGAUUGUAAAGCGGAUAGUUUCUUUUGAAGGGUAAGUGGACUCACUGAUCUCGUCUAAAUGCAUGUGUAUCUCUUCUUAAAUUAGCCUUUCACUUCGACAUUUACGAUUACGUUAGAAGUUACGAUCGUAUUAGAGAGUUACAGAAUUUGUGUCAAGUAUUUACACAUAAUUAAUAUAAAAAAGUGAUGUUAGCAAAACAUUUUUAUGACACAUCAUUUAUGGAUAAUUUAAUUUUUUUAUAUUCCUGAAACAUAUGUAAAACAAAAAGCCACAAUAGUUCUAUUUGUUUACUAUAGAUAGAGAAACGCGGCAUAUAUUUGUUUUUAAUAAAUGAUAGUUCCGGUAUUUACAUUUCAGACUUUGAUUUUUGACAAUGAAUACUAUUUAGUCUAAAUGUACUCGCAGUGCAGUCCACUAUUGUGACAUAUUGCGAUGUAUAUUAUAAUUAUGAUUCCUGACUGAUGUAGAAAGAGAAAGAGAGAGAAUUACUCUCUCAAAAGUUAAACGCAUUCUUCCCUUAUUAUUCAAUUAUGUUCUUAUUAUAACAAAAUAAGGAACAUGGUGAUUUUCGAAGUUAGCGUAAAAGACGAACGCAUCCAAAAAAUUAGAUAGCUAUGUCCACAGUGUCGUACUAAUCGCCUACCAAGGAUUGCAAACUAGUACCUAUAAUUCUUACUGUAUGUAAAAAAAAAAACGAUUUAUGUUAAAAGCAUAAAUAGUAGUCGGACUAGUAAGUGGUCGAUUGUACCAUUCUAGGCUGAGUUUGGGAACUUCAUGAAAACUACGGUGUUAUGCAGGGUCAAAAUUGUACGCUCACUUCUUGCCGUGAAAGAAACAAAAGAUUGUAGUACUUAAUGACAUGAGUCGAAUCUUCGUGUUUAAAGAAUAUGAGUUUUCAUACUAUUGGAUGUCUGAAUAUCUGUCGACAAAAACUGAAAAUGAUACUGAUAACUAACAUAUAGUCGAUUGUUAAUAUUUUCUUAAUAUUAAGGAUUCGUAAAUGAGAGAUCAGUUGUCGUAUUUUUAUUGAUUGUGUAUUUUAUGUCUUUUUUUUACAAGUAGACUUAAAAUAUAUACAAGUAAUACAUUUUUAUAUAUGUGGAAUAUUAUAUAUUAACAAAAUUUACAAAUAUGUAAAUUUUGUUAAUUCAUAUAUUUAACAAUAUAUCAACUUACACAAACAUAUAUAUAAACGCACGCACGCGUUUAUACGCGUGCGUAUGACGUCUAGUAAAUGUCACGGUUGUUGAUCUCUGGAAAUCCAGUGGACGUAGCAGCCUGUAGAUGUCUUUUCCGGUUGUUCUACACUUUUCGUUUAAAACCCAUGCUCACGUCUUUCACGACGAGAAAAAAAAGUAAGAAGAAACCGAUCUCGUAUGAACGAAGUCCUAAGCACGGCCAGAAUACAGGCAGAUAAUACUUUUUAAUCAGAACAUCAGCGAGUAUAUAAGUAAUUUAAUCAGAUGUUUAAUGCAAAUUAGGAAAAAAACUACCCCAAUGGAUCUCUAUUCUAAGGUGCAACAUUAUUUAAAUUAUAAGGGACUGCCGAGAGUCUGCGUGAAUGGCUACUAUAUAUUAUAUAUGCAUAUUUUGUGGCCCUUCUGUGUGUGCGUGCGUGCUUGUUUGUGUAUAUGUGUGUACGUAUGUGUGUGUAUGUGUGUGUGUGUGUACGCUUGGUAUAUAUGCGCACGUGAAUAUGCAGGUGGAUGCUAACAUGUGUAUAUGUGUGUAACUGGACGCACGCACAUGUAUGAUGCGUGUAUGUAUGUUCUGUCAUGUACGAACGUGUCACGGUUGUGGGUAUAAACAUAGUAUGAAGUGAAAAGAAAGUACACGCUAUAUGCACGGAAAAUCGAUAGGGAGAGAGAGACAGAUAUGCAGAGAGAUAAGGGGGAUAGAAAUGAGAACAAAAAUGAGGAAAGAAGGAUUGGAAAAUCAAGAAAAGAAUAGAAGAAAAAUGAG